AUGUCCACACCCCCCAACCCGCCCCUGUACAUCUACAAGAUCCUUCCCUCUUCCACCCCGCCACCCUCGCCCCUCCCCCUCGCCCUGCCCGUCUCCGAGCUCGACCAGCGCGAUAACUUCAUCCACCUCUCGACAUCGCGGCAGCUCCUCGGGACCUUGAGGAACUUUUUUGCCCAUGAGGAGAAGGUUUACGUGUUGAGGAUUCCGUACGUGAGGGUGCAGCGCUGGAUUAGGUGGGAGGAUGCAAAGGGGAAGACGGCGGAUGAGGUGGGCGGCUGCUGGGACACCGAAGGCAGUAUGGGGUAUUUCCCGCACAUCCACGGGAACGGACUCAAGUUAGGCAGAGAAGAAGUCGACGAGGUUGGGGAGUGGGUGCGUGGUGAUGGGGAAUGGGGAGCUGCUGGGUGGCCGUUUGGGGAGGAGGAUGUGCCGACGGCUUGA